AUAAUGUGAGGGAGCAAAGGUCAUUUAAAAAUAUCUUUAUGUACUUUAGCCUAACCACUCCUAGGUUUAGUAGGUUUUAUUGCCAUCUUUUGGGCUCCUGCUCAGUCUUGAAGUGAUCCUUAACACACUUAAGUUAUGCUUUUAUUUGUUUUUUUAUUCCUUUUAUUUCUAUGGUCUAGAAUUUCUAUUUCUAGACAGUUUUUGAGCUUCUAGAUGUAUCUGUAAGUAAAAUGGCAGAAGCCAGCUUUUUAGGGGCUCAGCAUGAGUUUAGGUGUUCAGUUUGUCUGAAUGUACUGAAAGAUGCAGUGGCCCUCACCUGUGGACACAGUUACUGUAUGCGCUGUAUUAUAGACUACUGGGAUCAGAAGACAAUCUACAGCUGCCCUCAGUGCAGAAAGACCUUCACUCCAACACCUGUUUUAGGUAAAAACACCAUGCUGGCUGAAGUGGUGGAGAAAAUCAAAAAGACAAAGCUAGAAGCUGCUUGUCUUGAUCAAAGUUAUGCUCAAUCUGGAGAUGUGGAGUGUGACGUCUGUACUGAGGACAAAAGCAAAGCCAUCAAGUCCUGUCUGGUGUGUCUGGAAUCUUAUUGUCAGGCACAUUUUAAAUGGCAUGAAGAAUUUCACUCAGGAAAGCGACACAAAAUGACUGAAGCCACUGGACGACUGCAAGAGAUGAUCUGCCCUCAACAUGAUAAACUGCUGGAGAUUUUCUGUCGUACUGAUCAGUCCUGUAUAUGUUAUAUGUGUAUGGUAGAUGAACACAAAAACCAUGACACUGUAUCAGCUGCAGCAGAGAGGACUGAGAAACAGAGACAUCUGGAAGAGACCCAGAGAACAAACCAGCAGAGAAUUCAGGAAAGACAGAAGGAGCUUGAGGAGCUGAGAAAGGCUGUAGAGUCUUACAAGCGCUCUGCACAGACAGCAGUGGAGGACAGUGAGAGGAUCUUUACUGAGCUGAUCCUCUCCAUUGAGAGAAGUCGAUCUGAGGUGAAACAGUUGAUCAGAGAUCAGGAGAAGGCUGCAGUGAGUCAAGCUGAAGGACAAAUGAAGCGUCUGGAGCAGGAGAUUGAAGAUCUGAGGAGGAGAGACUUUGAGCUGGAGCAGCUUUCAUACACAGACAACCUUAUCCAUUUUCUCCAGAGUUUCCAGUCUCUUACUAUUCCUCCUGGAUCUACAGAUUGUCCCAGCUUCACUGUCAGUUCUCUUCUCUCUUUUGAUGAUGUUAAAAAAUGUGUGCUUAAUCUGAGAGAGAAACUGGAGCAUUUCUGCAAAGAGGAGAAAGAAAUGUUAUCUUGUAGAGCGUCUGUUGGUUUCCAGUGAGAAACGUCAACAUCAUUCCUAGCUCUGAACCUGAGACCCGUGAGGACUUCCUCCAGU